CACAACGUCUUGGCGUUUAUCGCAUGCGAUCGGCAACGGGCUUUUUAAAUAGCAUUCUUUUAAUGCCAGUUAUUGAUAACUAUCGCCUAAUAUUUUAUGCAGAGAUAGGCAGCUGAGUUGCCAACAACCAUAUGUAGUUGUGUUCUUGGUUUGUGUGUGUCUUGCUAAACGCUCCUCUCCCGCCUGGCGUCCGUACAGUUGAAUUGAGAAAAAAAUAAAACAAAGAAAAUCAAACGAAUCCCAAGUGUGUUCAUACCCUAGAUUAAAUCAUGUCUGCCCUUGCCGCCGAUAAACGCGCCUCCUUUGCGCGACGCGCCGAAAGCUUAGUGGAGCGGGUGAGAGUUAUGAAUACCAUUUAUGAGAAAUACAAUAUUAAUACGGAAAAAUGCGGAGAUCUGACAGUUAUAGUGCAGGGUGAUUUGUCGCAGCAGGAGAAACGGGCUGUAUUUAUUACCGUGCAUGAUUUAGGCUGCAAUCACAAUUCAUUUCAGGAAUUUGUGAGCAGCCCAUGCAUGACGGAAAUUAAGGAGCGCUCAUGCUUUAUACACGUCGACGUACCCGGUCAUGCUGACAAUGCGGAUGCACUGCCUGACAGCUUUCCAUUUCCAUCGCUGCAGGCACUGGGCGAGGAUCUGGUUACGGUCCUGGAUUAUCUACACGUUAAAUAUGUAAUUGGUUUGGGCGAAGGUGCCGGCGCCAAUGUGCUGGCUCGCUUUGGCCUCGCCCAUCCGAGUCGUGCGCUCGGUUUAAUCCUGAUCAAUGCCACUGGCAGUGCUGCAAGCGUUUUGCAGUCCUUUAAGAGCAAGUUUAUUAGCUGGAAAAGCGAUGAGGUGGCCCAAUCGGCUGAGAGCUUUCUGAUGUAUCACAAGUUUGGACAUGUCAUGGAGCAAAUUGUUGGCGAGAAUCCAGAUAAGGACAAGAUUGUGGCAGAAUAUCAAAAGCGUUUGCACCGCUCGCUCAAUAGCAAGAAUGUGGGCCUCUAUGUUAAGGCGUUUAUGAAUCGCAAGGAUUUGACGCUUAAGGGCUGCAAAGUUGAUGCCAUAUUGAUUACGGGCAUGCUCAGCCCGUAUUCCUCAAUGGUGGAGAAAUUGCAUCGCGAUGUUGAAAAGGAACGUGUGACUAUGUUGAAGAUUGAACGUGCUGGCGACGUAUUGGCGGAUGCACCGUCAAAGGUUGCUCAGUCCAUACUGUUAUUUUGCAAGGGCCAAGGCUUGCUCACAUCGAUCGUAAUGCCCGGGGUUGAGCGCGGACGAUCCUACUCUACUGCCAGCUCAGGUUCCUUUGAGCGUCGUCUAUCACGUGGCGUUUCCAUGGAGGACUACGACAAGCCCAAUUUACGUCGGCUUAGCAUUAUGAAUAUAAGAAGGACGUUUCCGGAUAACUUUAAAUUCAAAGGCAUCUGCAUGGACGCGCCGCCGCCAACAAAGCCACCGAGGGGCGUUAAAUAUGGAAAGGAUGAGUCCGCAGGUUGUGGUUUUCUCGUCAACGUCAUCAAGUCGCUGGGUUUCAGCGAGACGACCGAGGAACGCCAAAAGGAGAAGCAGAAAAUUGAGCAGGAAUUCAAACGCUCGGAUCUGCGUCUAAAUGAGCUGGUCUCACGCCAUGACCAGCAGCUGACCCAAGUACUGCCACUGUUUAGUCAGGUGUCCACGGAGGUGACGGCCAGUCGGGAGCGCAUCCAUGCGGUCAAGGAGAAUCUGGGCGCCUGCAAGCGGUUGCUGCAGUGCCGUCGCGAUGAGUUAAAGAAGAUGUGGACGGACGCAGUGCAGCAUAAGUAUGUGCUGGAAAUGCUGGAGCAAAUCCAGGAACUGCGCAAAGUGCCACAACGCGUGUUCAGCUAUACGGCGAAGCGUCAGUAUUUGCAUGCCAGCAAAGCGCUGACCGAUGCCCUGGCCACGCUCAACGGACCAUUGGCCGGCGUUGAGGGUUUGGCCGAUUUGCGCACCGAUUUGCAGGCGCGUCGUCAGCAGCUCUAUCAGCGCCUGCACGAGGAGCUCGUGACGCAGGUGUACAAGAACUCGGCGAACGAAGCCUUUCAGCGCAGCAACUCGAGUCGCCUCAAUUCCAGUUUCACGCGCGGCAUUGGCGCACGUCGCUCCACGGAUCGCAUUGAAGCUAACGCUCGGGUGCGCAAGGCACUGAGCGAAAUGGCGCAGGGCUUCGAUCUGGAUAAGGCGGAAAUUAUAGAAGAUGCAGAUCUAAUUGAUACAGAGCUAAGCAUGAGCUACUUUAUUGCCAUCAUUGUGGAGUGCUUUGGCAUGUUGCACAAGGUCCCCGACUCACUGGAAACGGUGCGUGUUCAAAUUCAAACUGAGUUGCUGGAUGUGGUGCGUCAGACAACUCAUCAGCUAGCCACAGGUGGAACGCUGCAAGCGGGCUCUGGUGACAGCAAUCCACUUCUCACGCUGCUGGAGAUUAUAUUCAAGCAGUUUAAGGCCAUCGCAAAAACACAUACUCUGUUGCUGAAGAACUAUCUGGCUGUUGGCCAGAAGUAUACCGUUGUUGGACCCCAGCCCUAUGACCUGACCGACUUCUGGGCACAGGCACAGUCCGUGCUGCAACUGCUGCUCACGGACUAUUUGGACAUUCAAAAUGCGUCUGCGGACGAGAGUGCGCAAACCGGCUUUGUGGAGCCCAUCAACAAUAUUAAUUCAUAUUUCCUAAGAAGAAAAGUUCCAAGCACGAAACGGGCAAUGUUUAAGUUUGACAAAUCCUCGCACAUAGCCAGCACAGUGAGCAGCAACAGCACUCAUGAGCCUUUCAAGGAGCAUCGCCGAAAUGCCUCGGACACCUCCGUCGAUGACAAUUUGGGUGGAAAUCUGCUUGGCAGCGGCAAGGGCUCAAUGACCGGCCAGUUGCCGCAUGAGAAGAAACAGCGCGAAAAAUUACUGAUUUGCACGCCCGAUCAGAAUGUGAUUACCAAGGUGUAUCUGCCAUUGAUGGGUUACAUACAGGAAAUUGAGAACUUUAUGAAGUGCAAGUCAGGACAACCCUGCAGCCUGCACGAUUUUGUGGACAACUAUAUAAAGGAUACAUUCCUGUCCAAGGGUCACAAUCGCAACUUGCAGCUGACCAUUGAGUCGUUGUCGAAAAAUCAGGAUGCCUGGCGCGCAAUUAUAACGCCCGAGGAAAUGAAGUCGUUGAAUUUAAGUCGGCCACUGCUGCAGUCUACUGUCAUGGUAGAGCGUCGCCUGGUAGAAACUAGAAAUUUGAUUGAAGAUUUACCCUGCUACUCGGAGGAGCUGCUGAAGAUGGUGUGUGCGCUGCUCAAAGCCUAUCGCGAGAUAUGCCAGACGGCGUACAGAGGCAUUGUACAGCCGGACUCGGAAGAUAAGCGCAUUUAUAGUGUGGCUUGGCUUAAGGAUGAAGAUAUAAGUCGUUUCUUAAAAACGCUGCCCAAUUGGACGGAUUUGAAGACAUCCAGUCAGCGCGCAAGGCAUACGCGCAACAAGCUGCAACGUGGCCACUUUGAGCCAUCCGAGGAGGAGAGCCCGUUGCAGGUGCAGCAGCGUAAUAUACGCGAAGCCGAAAUGCUAACAAGCAAUUUGGGAGAAGGUGGCAUAACACAGCAGGAGAUUCUGGCCGAUAUAAGCGUACUCAAGGAGCUGGCCAUACUGCAGGAGAGCAUGGAAUGGUUCUCGUGCCGCGUCUCCGAGUUUGCCAACGAGCUGCGGCGUCCGUUGGUUAACGGCUUGAAUGCGGCGGCUGCGGAGUGUGCGGCAAAUGUGGCUAUUAAGGAUGGCACCAUCAAAGUAAUGACUAAUCUGGCCUUGGAGUUCGAUGAGCUGGCCAAUACGUGCCUGCUGGUGCUGCAUCUGGAGGUGCGCGUUCAAUGCUUCCACUAUUUGCGCUCCAAGUCCAGCAUUAGAACAAAUAGUUAUGUCGGCUCCAAGGAUGACAUACUGGAGCCAGAUCGUCAGGUGUCCGUGCUAACGAAGCGUCUGUCGGAAAUGGAUGAGGCAUUGAGUGCCACAUUGCAUCCACGCAAAACGAGGUAUAUCUUUGAAGGUUUGGCUCAUCUGGCCGCACGUAUACUUAUACAGGCGUCAAAUUACUUGGAACACAUUGAUCAGAUCACCGUACAACGCAUGUGCCGCAAUUCCAUUGCGCUCCAGCAAACGCUGAGCAACAUAACAGCAUCCAGAGAGAUUGCCCUCGACCAGGCGAAACAUUUCUAUGAGUUGCUUUGCAUGGAACCCGAUGAAAUACUCAAUUCAUUGCUGGAGCGUGGCCCACAAUUCUCAGAGAUGCAAAUGCUGAAUGCGUUGCAAUUGUCGUGCAAGGCGUGCGGCAUUACGGAUGCCAAUUUAUUGGCGUCCUAUCAGCAAAAGCUUUCGGAUAUAUUGGGCGCCAAACCUUCCAAGGGUGUUGUUGUAUAAUAUUUACAAGCAAGUGAAAUAUCAAUAUUUGAAACGAAAUUCGCCUUUUAUGCGCACUCACACAUGCAUAUAUAUACUUAUAUACAACAAUAAUAGUGUUUUUUUUAAAGAUGUAAGUGCGAAAAGUAUGCUAAGUGUUAAGCCCAAAUUAAUUAUAUUAAAA